AUGGUCGAACGUUUUCACAGGCAACUGAAGGCCGCUCUACGCGACACUCCUGAUCCUCAGUCUUGGACAGAAUUCCUGCUUAUCGUUCUUCUUGGUUGUCGCACUGCUGUUAAAACAGGCUUAGGUUUCUCCUCUGCUGAACUCCUUUACGGUACCAUCCUGGCGCUCCCUGGUACAAUGUUGGCUCCAGACAAUUCAUCGCAUUCUGAUCCAAUGUCGUAUGUCACCAGACUUUGCUCGUAUUUCUCGAAUCUUCCACCCAUGCAUCUGCGUGACCAGUCUAUUCCCUCUCACGUCUCACCGGGCAUUGACAAAUGGACUCAUGUUUUUGUUCGGGAUGAUUCUGUCAGAGGACCGCUUGUUUCUCCUUAUAAAGGACUAUUUCGUGUGCUAUCGCGCACACCCAAAACUUCUAGUCUCGACAUCAAUGAUCGGGCAGAGACAGUGACAGUCGACAGACUUAAAAGAGCACAUUUUGAGGUGCCUACACCUUUCGAUGACACCCCAGCCACGCCCACUUUUGAUCCUUUACAACCACCUACACACCCACCUGCACAUGCACCUUUCAUCACACCAUCACCUGCACCUCCACAUUCGUUGCCACAACCUAACACAAACAAACCCUAUGUCACCAGGACAGGCCGCAGUGUGCAUUGGCCCCCAAAACUCACCAGAACUAUUUACAUUUAA